CGAGAACUAUAAAAUAAUAAUGAAAUCUUGGAAUAGAUAAGUUACUCUAUGAGGACUGAAGCUGUUGUUAACUCCCAGGGCCAGACUGAUUAUCUCACAAAGGAUUCAGACCAGGAUGUAGCACUCAAACUUGCCCAGGAGCGAGCUGAAAUAGUUGCUAAAUAUGACAGAGGACGAGAAGGUGCAGAGAUUGAACCUUGGGAAGAUGCUGAUUACCUUGUUUACAAAGUCACAGAUAGAUUUGGCUUUUUACAUGAGGAGGAACUCCCAGAUCAUAAUGCAGCUGUGGAACGGCAAAAGCACCUGGAGAUUGAAAGAACUACCAAAUGGCUGAAAAUGCUGAAAGGAUGGGAAAAAUACAAGAACACUGAAAAGUUUCAUAGGCGAAUUUACAAAGGAAUACCACUCCAGCUCAGAGGUGAAGUCUGGGCCCUCCUUCUUGAGAUCCCUAAAAUGAAAGAAGAAACAAGGGACCUGUAUAGUAAAUUAAAACACAGAGCACGGGGCUGUUCACCUGACAUCAGACAAAUAGACCUGGAUGUCAACCGCACGUUUCGGGACCACAUUAUGUUUAGGGACAGAUACGGUGUUAAGCAACAAUCCUUAUUCCAUGUUCUUGCUGCCUAUUCUAUUUAUAAUACGGAAGUCGGGUAUUGUCAGGGGAUGAGCCAGAUCACAGCUUUACUCCUCAUGUAUAUGAACGAGGAAGAUGCCUUCUGGGCCCUGGUCAAACUCUUCUCAGGCCCUAAACAUGCCAUGCAUGGCUUUUUUGUCCAAGGUUUUCCUAAACUCUUGAGGUUUCAAGAACAUCAUGAAAAAAUACUGAACAAAUUUCUGUCCAAGCUUAAGCAACACUUGGAUUCUCAAGAAAUCUACACAAGUUUUUACACAAUGAAAUGGUUUUUUCAGUGUUUCCUUGAUCGUACUCCCUUUACACUAAACCUCAGAAUAUGGGAUAUCUACAUCUUUGAAGGAGAACGAGUUCUUACUGCUAUGUCUUACACAAUCUUAAAAUUACACAAAAAACAUCUAAUGAAAUUGUCCAUGGAAGAACUUGUAGAAUUUUUUCAGGAGACCCUGGCAAAGGAUUUUUUCUUUGAAGAUGAUUUUGUGAUAGAGCAACUUCAGAUUUCUAUGGCAGAACUAAAGCGGGCAAAGUUAGACCUUCCAGAACCUGGUAAAGAGGAUGAAUAUCCAAAGAAGCCCUUGGGACAGCUUCCGCCUGAACUUCAGUCUGGGGGUGUCCAUCACCUGAGCAACGGACAGAGGAGCGUGGGCCGGCCGAGCCCGCAGGUCAGUGGCAGGAGGGAGAGCACGGCGCCCCACAGGAGGCACGAGCACUCGCUGCACCCCCAGAGCAGGACCGGGACGCCCGAGAGAGCACAGCCACCAAGACGGAAAUCGGUGGAGGAGGAGAGCAAAAAGCUUAAAGAUGAGGUAGAUUUUCAAAGAAAACUCCCAUCGGGUCCACAGGACAGUUCCAGGCAAUAUAAUCACGCAGCUGCCAACCAAAAUAGCAACGCCACUUCAAAUAUCAGGAAGGAAUUUGUGCCCAAAUGGAAUAAACCAUCAGACGUCUCAGCUACGGAGAGAACUGCCAAAUACACCAUGGAAAGCAAAGGUCGAGCAGCGCACCCCACGCUCGCAGUCACCGCCCCAGGCCCUGCCGAGGUGCGGGUGGCAAACGCGCGGCCAAAGAUGAAGGCCCUGGAUGCUGAGGACGGGAAGCGGGGCUCCACUGCAUCGCAGUACGACAACGUGCCGGGCCCGGAGCUGGACAGCGGUGCUUCCGUGGAGGAGGCACUGGAAAGGGCUUACUCCCAGAGCCCACGGCAUGCCCUUUACCCUCCCAGCCCGAGAAAGCACGCUGAGCCAAGUUCUAGUCCGUCAAAAGUAUCCAGCAAGUUUACUUUUAAAGUACAGACUCCAAGUCAUGCACGAUAUCCGUCCCAGCUAGAUGGGGAAGCCCGAGGGCUAGCUCAUCCCCCGUCCUACAGCAAUCCCCCCAUUUACCACGGAAACUCACCCAAACACUUCCCUACUGCCAACAGCAGCUUUGCUUCUUCACAGUUUAGCCCUGGGACUCAACUGAAUCCUUCCAGGAGACCUCAUGGUUCUACUCUUUCCAUCAGUGCUUCUCCGGAGAAAUCUUACAGCCGCCCAAGUCCCCUUGUACUGCCAUCUAGUCGAAUAGAAGUCCUCCCUGUUGACGUUGGUGCCGGGGGAUAUUCGGGCAAUUCAGGGUCACCAAAGAAUGGAAAAUUGAUCAUUCCGCCAGUGGAUUAUUUGCCAGAUAACAGAACAUGGUCAGAAGUUGCUUAUACAUACAGACCUGAGACGCAGGGACAAUCAUGGACCCGAGAUGCUAGCCGUGACAAUUUAGCAAAAUACUCAGCCUUUCAGCACGCACCCUUUCAGGAUCAUGGCCUCCCUGCAGUUUCGGUAGAUAGUCCCGUGCUGUAUAAAACUUCACCUGCCGCAGAAGAUGCCAGUCCAUCUGGGUAUCCAUAUUCAGGGCCCCCGCCUCCAGCCUACCACUACAGGAAUCGGGACGGGCUUUCCAUGCAAGAGUCAGUGUUGCUGUGAGAUUUGAUGUGUACUUGCUAAAGACAAGAGAGGAAACCCCAUGAAACCAACAUUGCUAUGUUCAUAAUUGCCAAAGCAGUAUUUAUACUAUUGUAAACAGCUCGCACAUCUCUCCUGUCUGUGAGUAGUAAGAAUACAGGGAAAUGUCUUCAGCCCCACGUAGAUGCUGCUUAAGAUGAGCAUUUAAAUUGCAUCAUCACUGACCUGUUAGAAUUUAACCCGGAAACAUAGCAAUAGCAUUUAGGGAUGCACGCACAAUGGUAAUUUAUUACUCAGUUCCGUUUAUGUUUUUCUCCAAAACCUGAACAUUUUUACUCUGUUGGCUCAUUCUAUUUUGACUAAUGUUACAAAGUACUGAAAAAACUGUAGAAUAGAUAUUUUUAACGCUAUAUGUAGUGUAUGUGUCUUUUAAUAGAUACAGGCAUCUAUUCAUACACGUUUGAACACGGAGCUAAAGAAACAUUUUUUAAAAAACUACUUUUAAUCCAGAUCCAUGGAAUAAUAUGUAAUUCUUGUUUUCCUUGUCUUUUGGUCCAGUUUUUCUUUUUCCCUCUCAUAUUUUUAACCUGAGUCCUAAACUGACUGAAGAGUUUGUCCUGACUUUAUUAAUUGCAAUCUCACAGAAUGCUCAUCGUUCUCCUUCAGCUGUUGCCAUUUUCUUUCAAUCUGAAAAUUAAAGACAUUGGAGAGAAACGCUAACCACUUAAUGGUGCUUAAAAAUCGGGGCAGUUAAAAUAAGUUUACGGCCAAAGGUGCAGCAGUGCUUAUCAUAUCCAUUUACUAAGAGAUCAGUCUUAGUGCGUUUAUGCCCUUUGUUCUGGUCUGACUCUUGGGAAUCUCAGAGCAGGAGAAGUUGCAGCUGACCGAUCCCUCAGUGCUCACAGUACUCAUGUGGGGCAGCCAGACUAACUGGAUUAGCAGUGUGGCUACUUCUCACUUCUGCCCCGACUCAUGUAGCUUCUCCCCAUGAAAGUCCCAGGGUGGCCAUUUACACAAUCCAUUUCUGACCUCUUUAGGGACUAUAGUCGACGGAUACUGCUGCACCUCAUCAGGCCAUUACAUUGUCCAUGUUAAAAUUAUAAAAAUGAUCCUAGUUUUUCAUAGGAGUCUAGGAUUUUGAUAUUUUUAAAAACUGUAGUGUGAUUUCAUGCUUUUGAAAAAUUUUUUUUUUCAUUGAAACAAAUUCAGGUUCCUGGCUUAAAAAGAAAUUAGUGAUGUCUUUAAAAAAUAUUCUGUUACACUACAAUUACCAAAACACUGACAAAAAUAUCGGUACUCCAAGAGGGUAUGACUUUGUGUUUAAUUGGGGAACUUGUUUUCAACAUUGCUUAUAUUUGAAUAGUAGAAAACUGGACAUUGAUGUUUCUUCCUGUUGCAAGGUGGGGCUUUAAGCUUUCAAGGUACAAAAGUACGUCUUUUAAAAUGAAAGUAACAUUUGUUUAGCUAGUGAAUGUGACAGUAUUUUUUAUGUAUAUAAUGAGUCUAAUGUAAUUUUAAUCAACUCGGUAAUGAUGUUAUUAAAUAGCAAAACAAAUGCAGUGUGUUAAAGCUAAACACUACAUUGAAACACAAACAAAAUUCUGAUGAAAUAACUGGGCUCUUGAUUCAGAUUAGGUGGAAACUGAGAAAUAAAUGUAUAUAAAUAUGUAGCUGAGGAUAUUAAUUCCCAUUUUAAAACCAUGAUUCUGUGACUUGUAAUAAACCAAGCUGUACAAUUUAGUUUAUAAUAGCAGUAUCUGAGCUGCUCAAAAAUAUAUAUAUCAACAGUGGUAAAUACUGUAGAUUUAUAUAUAUAUAUGCAAAAAAUAUAUAUAUACACACAAGCACUAUUUUCUUAUGUCAUUUAUGACAUUUUUUAUCUGUAUACUUUUUUUGAUGUGAUUGUUUUUUAACAUGCUAAAAGUAAUAAGUAUA